AUGACUUCCAACGCAAUCUUCGAGUGCAAGGCCAUCGCCAUGAUAGAAUUUCUCUUUCUCUUCAUGGGAUUGGCAACUGGUGCUCCCAUGGAUCCCCUCGAAGCCAUCACUUCUCAUAAUACCAGCCUCGCGUCAAACAGCACACACAUUCCCGCCACAAUCCAGGCUACUGGUGGCGAUCUAACCUGGUAUGACACCGGGCUUGGAGCAUGCGGUUGGUUUAAUAACGGGUGGGACCACGUCUGCGCCGUGUCUCACAUUGUGUUUGACCGGGCAAAUGUAGAUGGCAACCCCAACCACAAUCCACUUUGUGGACGGUUAAUUCACAUUCAACGGGGCGACAGGGGCAUAGAUGCCACUUUGGUAGACCGUUGUGAGGGAUGCAGAGAGUUUGACAUUGACGUCAGCCGUGGUGUUUUUGAGAGACUCGGUAAUCUCGAUGAGGGCCGGGUUCACACUGAUUGGUGGUGGAUAUAG